AUGGAACUCAGGUCAACACGUAGCUCUAAACGUGAGCUAAAUUUGGAAGAUGGUAAAAUUCUGGGGAACGACAAAAUAGGCUAUAAGACAGAUUCAGUUGAUCGGAAGAAUGACAUGAAAGUGGAAAAUGGCCAAGAAUCAAAUGAUGACCGAUUCAACUUUGAUGAUUACUUGGCAGACGGUGUACCGGAGCAUUUCACUAUUAACAUAGCUUCAGAUCAUGAUGCAAUACCGAGUGGUGCUACCCUUCUGUAUAAUGCUGAAUUAGACGGUGUAGGUAAACCACUUGGUGAUGCAUACAAGCUUGAUCUUGUUGAUUUAACUCAAAAACAGAAAGACGCUUCUUCUAAUUCAAAGAAUAAACACUGGAGGAAAGCAUUACGAACUCAGAGUGAGAGGAAUCAUAGCGGAUCAAAUAAUAACAACAACAAUAAUAACAUUAAUUUAUCCAGUGAUCCACUCACACAAAAUACAGGGAUAAAGAGAAAGCAACCAAAGGGGUGGGUCGAUCCCUUGAGCAAUAAACUAUACGAUGUUGCUCAUAGGAGAAAAGAAAUGAAAGAGAGAAAGUUUGGAGCUGCUGAUCGAACAAAAUCUCUGAGUGAAUUUGACGAAUGUAUGAACGCGAUGGAAAAACUCGGAAGAUCCGUCAAGUUAAAGGCCAGACUGAGUCUCAAGGAACAAUAUCAUCGAAUUAUGAAGCAGCAUCUUGACAAUAAGGAACUGGAAAAUCUGGCCAAGGUACUACCAGAGCUGACGAGAGUGGAAAACACAUCAGAUCUGAAUGAGGUGUGCAUUAAAUAUAAACUGACGGUAAAGGAGUUGAUGAAAUUUAUUAUAAGGUUUGAAGAUAUUAGAAUUAAAGAGCAAAGCAUGAAAAGGGCCAGGACAGAAAUUAGACAGCAUCGUGCGGAACCAGUAGUGGAUACAGACGAUGAUGAGUCUACCGACCCAAUAAACUUGAAGGAUUUUAAAGAAAGAUCGAGAAAAAGGCUACGGAAACGUAAUAAGAAGUACGGCAAGAUCAUUAAGGUUCACUUUUAUGAUGGUGUGACACUUGUGAUAGAUCCAGUGUACAACCCAAAAGUCAUCAGAGACUGA